AUGCCUGGCUUCCACGUGUACUCGCAGGCCUCCCGCCUCGGCAUGGAGUGCUCGCCCGACGUGAGGGUGGUGGUGCCUUCCAUGCCAGCACCUGCGCCCAUCGACCUCAACGUCACACCGGUGGCCGGUGGCUCGUCAUUCGGAGGCGCGAGGAAACGCGCGCGGCAUAUGCUGGCCGGCGUGCUCCCAGACGCCCGCUGCAACCUGUUCGAGGGAAUGCCGUCCACCGGCGACGAGGACUACAUGCAGAAUCUCAUCUUCGAGGGUGGUGCGCCGGCCGCUGGCUACGAUCCCGACAAGACACAAAGCCAGGACGGCCGCGGGGCGUUCACGCCGGCCGCUGGCUAUGAUCCCGAUCAGGCGGCCUUCAUGCGUGAUCAGGUCGGCAUGGAUCUGGACGGCUUCCCACUUGACCACGAGUUUUCGGAUGACUACGGGCAAGAGGAAGAGGAUGAGUGCGACAUCGAAGUGGAGCCUUUGUUCGAGGACGAGCUCGCCAACCAAGCCGCCGGUCCGAAGCCGAAGCGCAAGAGCAAGCACACGAAGGCAUACACGACGGCCGAGGACAAGCUUCUUUCUGGUUUUUAG